AUGCCGUUAGACAUUAAUGGCGGCCUUGGAGGGAAAAGGAUAAACUUGGAGGAGAUAUGGAUCGACUUUACAGAGGAAUUGGAGGAGGAUGUGUUCUUUUGGGAAAAGCACGUGGUCAUUGCAAGGAUUAUUGGGUUGAAUUGGUCAAACAAAGAAAUUAAAAAAUGGGUGGAAGGAUAUUGGGGGUUGCAAACUGUCAUUAAAUUCAUUCCUAAAGGCUUCUUCGUGGUCUUGUUUGAAGAUGGCGAAGACAGAAAUCAAAUUCUCAAUCAGGAGAAUUGGUUCGCAAAUAAUCACGCAAUAUAUUUGCAAUCAUGGUCCUCGAACUUUGAUCCAAUACAGUUGGUUGUAUACUCUGCACCGGUAUGGAUUCGAUUGUACAAUUUACGCAUUGAAUAUUGGAGUGAGGUUAUUCUAGAAAAGAUCGGCAGAACCUUGGGGACUCUAUUGGAAGUAGAUUUUGAUGAUGAAGACGAUCUCUGCAAAUAUGCCCGUUUGAGGAUUGCAGCGGUUAAAAGGAUUCUUGAGUCAAUCACAUUUUUAACUUCAAGCGGUGAAUGGUGCCAACAAGUGGAAAUUGAAAAAGAAAUUAAACAAUGUCCUAGAUGCGGGAGCAAGUUUCAUGGAUUGGAUGAAUGCAAGAUAUUUGUGAGGAAGGCCAGGAAUGUCCUCAGGAAGCCAUCCUAG